GCGGUGCUGCAGCGGAUCAGAUCCCGGUGUGACCGCAGCUCUGCCCGCACCGCGCGCACACACACACGCACACACACACACACACACACACACACACACACACACACACAGCCCAGCCUAGCCUGCCUGUCUGUCUGUCUUUCUGUACGCACACCGCAGACAGUUCGUUAGUCAGUGAGCCCGCACACACAGCACGUCUGUCUGUCUGCCUGCCUGUCUGUCUGUAAGGACACCGCAGACAGUCAGUCAGUGAGCCCGCACUCAGUCAGCAGACACAGCACGGCCAUGAGCACGGCGUUUUCCUGACGCUCUCCACUCACAGCCAGAGAGCAUCUGCAGCUCCAAUCUGUGUGAUCUGUCCAUUUAGAGCCGAGGAGGAGGAGGAGAGGAAGCACUGCAGCAGACAUGCCGGGCCUGCUCCACAUCACGCUGACCGCUCUCCUGGCCAGCUGCGAUGCCUUCAGAUUGGGUUCGUCCCAGCGUGUCAUCCCCCUCAAUCCUCCGGUGGCCCAUCUAUUCCAGGAUGAAGGCCCAGCCCAGCCACACUUCAUCCAGGAAUUAGUCAGAACCAAACGCCACUCGGCCCACGAGUUAGUGCGAGCCCAGCCUCAUUUGGUUCACGACAUGGGCUGGCCAGAGAUACAGGAAAUAUCCCGUUCCCAGGCCAAGAUGGACUCCGCUAACUCCUCUCAGUUAAACCCACUGCCGUCUGCCGGCCAGGAUGUAGCCAGGACCCACCCUGCUGUGGAUGAUAACCUGGAUGUGGAAGACGAGAUGGAGCGUAUGGUUCAUCUGGUGGUUCCUCAGGAUGCAGAAAGCUACAGGGGACGCCCAGACUCCAGCGACCCAGAGAAGGAGCUCCUCGGGGGGCCGGGAGCUGGCGAUGCCUCCCUGGAGGCCUCGGGCUUCUAUGGAACGGACAUGGAGGACAGAGAUAGGGGAGAGGAGGGAGGAGAAGACCGAGAGAGGAGAGGGGGAGAGGACGAGUGGGAGAGAGACAUGGGGGAGGACGGAGAGAGGAGAGGGGGAAACGCCAGAGCAGAGGAAGAGGAGAGAGGAGGAACAGAUGACGCAGAUGUCCACGUAGUGGAUGCCAACCACACAAGCCCAGAUCUGGAUGCUCUGAUUGGCUACAGUCCAUCUUCCCACCCCUCCAGCUCCCCCCCAGCUGAGGUGCAUGAUUCCGGGCUACAGGAGCAUCGUGCAUCCCCGGUCCUGGAGGUGGGUCCUUUAGAGAGAGAGCUGUGGGAGGAAAAUGGUCAUUCCAGCGGCUAUGGACUCCUUCACUCCUCCAUCACUACAACUAGUGCUACGUCUACUGCUGCGUCUGCUUCGACUGCUGCCGCCGCCGCUGCUGCUGCUGGAGACGCUGCAGGAACGGCCACCCAUGAGACUGACACAGGCACAGACUUUGGGCUGCUGGGAAGUUACACAAAAGCUGAGACAGAGGAUGAAGAGACAGAGCGGGAGGAGGAAGGGGAGGAAGAAACGGGCCUGGCACACAAAGGCAACGUGUUUACCCAGAAUCCCACUGUAGCAGAGGUCGGCGUGGCUCCCAGCAGAGAGCCCCUGCAGCCCAGCGUGGAGGAAGAGGAAGAACAGGAUUUAAAAGGGGGUGGACUGCAAGACAGAAGUGAAGAGGUGGAGAAAGAGAAAUGGAGAAAGAUGGAGGAGGAGGAUACAAGAGUCCGACACAUCGUCCCGCUUACCACAGAUCCCUCCCCCACCAUCGGCUUCACCGACCCGUCCUGGGAUUGGAUGGGGAAGACCAGGCCCCUGCAGACCCUGGGGUCAGAAGUCAAGGGAGGGGGGGUUACAGAGGUCUUCUUACCGGAUGUUGAUGAGAUGGAGGAGGCACAGCAGGUGGUGUGUGUCGACUGGAGCGAGCUGGCUGGACGUGGAUACGUCAUCCUCAACAUGACGGAAAACUUGAACUGUGAGGAGUUUCGUGUGGACCAGGGCGUGCGGUUGUUGAAAGUCAUGGAGAGAGUGUUUGCUCGAAGAAUGAACAGCCCCGAGGGAUCAUGGGUACUCUACCUGAGCAAGCCUACACACCACCAACACCAGCUGCUGAUGAACGUGGCUUCUGAGCACGGGGUGAUUGCAGCCAAGGAUGUGCUGGACAUGCUGGGAGAGAUCAGGAGAAGUUUGAAUAAGGUGGGCAUCCAGAACUACAGUUCGGCCAGCAGUUGCCAGUCUCGUCCCAGUCAAACACGCAGCGACUACGGCAAGCUGUUUGUGGUUCUGGUGAUCAUCGGCUCCGUCUGCAUGGUCAUCAUCACAUCUGGAUUAAUAUACAUCUGCUGGCAAAGACGACUGCCUGCAACCAAGACUACGUUCCGCAAUGAAGAACUUCACUUUGUGGAGAACGGUUGCCAUGAUAACCCCAUGCUGGACGUGACCAAUGACAACCAGCCUGAGAUGCAGGAGAAGAAGCCGAGCACCAAUGGGCUCAUGGCUGGAGGAGAAGGAGGCGGGGAGGAGGGCAGUCGCUGGCAGGUGUUUGUCAAUCAAGCAGCCACUGAGGAGGAAGAAGAGGAGCAGGACACACAUCUCUGAUGGACGAAGAGAAAGAGGAGACACGUCAUGAAGGUCUUUGAUAGACAGAUGAUAAGUGAAACUGAGAGGAAAGAAGAAGAAGAUGACUGCAGAGAAAACAGAAGAGGAGGAAGAAGAGAAGAAAGACAGAAGGGAGAGAAAAGAAAACAUAGUUGAUGGGAGUUAAAAGGUAUGAAGCCUGAAGAGUAAUAGAUGUGUUUUCCGGUCAGAGUUGGAUUGAGGCUCGGAGGAGGUGAGCAGGAGGAGUCACUGACAUCUCCAUGGAUAUCAGACACUGGGGUUUAUGUUUCAGGGUCUGUAUUCUUCAAAUUUGAAUUCAUGGAAUCACAAUAAUCUUGCUGAUCUCUUAAUACAUCCACUCUUUGAACAAAGUUGGACUUCUAAUAGGAAGAGUUGAGCAUUUCAUAGAGCUGCAUAUCCUGACUUGAUGUUUGAUAAUGUCCCCAUCUGUUAAGUGUGCCUUAUACGUUUAGCUUCCUGCACUGUGCCUGCACAAGACACAAACUAAAACAUGAAACUAGAAGAGGCGCAGACCUCUCUCUAGGCUGAAUGCCCUAUCUCGCAAUGUUAACGUGAGUAAGAAAAAUAAUUUGUGUAUCCACCCGUGAUUUGUAUCCGCUCCAGAAUGUAAUGGCUUCUUCCUCGGCCCAUGCUACACCCUUCCACCAAGUUUCCCAACAAUCGGGCCAGUAGAACAGCACACAGUACAACAAAGCGACGAACAAACGGAGCCAAAAACAUAAACUCUCUGUCAGAGGUAACUAGCAACAAAAUCGUACUGUGAAGCACCUUUUCCCACCUUUUACUAUUUGAAUGUAAAACGUUUUUUUUUUUUUUUAAAGCCUGAAUUUAACAUUAGGAGCGGUUGCCAUUUUAUUUCACAUUUAGUCAAAUUGUUUGACAGAAUAGCUCCUACUGGUUGCAGGAAACUAAAGCUAAACUAAAAUAAUAGCAAACAGUCCCCAGGCUGAAAGGAGGCGUAAUACCUGAGAAGGCAUUGUUUACUUUGAUUACCAGUUAUGGAAUGUAACUUAGUACAUUUACUUAAAUAGUCUACUUAGGUACAACUUUGUGGUACUUUAUACUUCUUUCUCCACUACACUUCUCUGAUAGCUAUAAUUACUGUACAAAUUAAUAUUUUGCAAGCACAACAUGAAAAAUAAUGCUGCAUUAUUGAUGAAACUACCCAACAUUAUGUAAAGUAGUAUUUCCACCAUCUAAAAAACUAUUUACACAAUAAUGCAUCUUAAUGAUGAACACUUUCACUGGCCCGUUUUUCUUUUUUGCGUAACAAGUUACUACAAUUACUUUUGAUACUUUAAAGUACAUUUCUCUACCAAUACUCCUUUACUUUCACUUAAGUAAUAUUUUGAAUGUAAGAUUUUACUUCUAAUGGAGUAUCUUGACAGUGUAGUAUUGUUCAUUGUACUUAAGUAAAAGAUGUGACUACUUCUUCCACCACUGUUGAUUACACAUAAGCCUUGUUGGUAAAAGCCACAGCCAAGUAUGGCUGACAGCAGCAAGACAUUCAUGAAGUCUAAUCAAGAUUGUCCUGAAAGGUUCCACAGCUUCAGAGAUGUUCGCUGGUUCCACCCCGAUGUCUGACUCCAGAGACAACAGCGACUCCUCCUAGCUCCUCCUCCAAAUCACCCAACAGGAAGUACAGCCUGUAGCAACUUUGAAAGUAAGGUUUUGGCACUUUAUUGAUUCCUCUAGGAAAUAGCGACUAUCAUCAUUGAAAUGCUGCAUCGUGUUAAAUGUAUUGCAUAUACAGUGACUGAAAUCUCUCUAUUUUACUUAUAGGAAUGGUUGUAACUGAUGUUUACUGUUCACUCUACAACCAUGUCAUAUGGUUGCUAUACUUAGCCUAAUAUGCUCUUUUUUUUCAAUAGCGUUGGAAUGGCUGCUGUAUGCUCCGGGUUAACUCUUGAGGCAAUGACACAUGGGCAACAUUUAGAGGUCCAAAGCAUGAAAAAAAGAACUAGUUACAGUGUUGAAGUCGAGUCGAACCUCGAGUCCAAGUCGAGCCCCAAGUCUUUAAUGUUUUAAUGGUAAAUGUUUUAAGUCUAAACCACUACGGUCAUAUCUGAAUCACUACGGUCAUGUCAGCCUUACUACGAUCCCGUCCCAGUCACAUUCAAGUCACUGCGAUCAUGUCCGAGUCACUUCAGUCAUGUCCAUUAUCAUGCAAGAGUCCCUAAGGUCAUGUCCGAGUCACUAUGAUUAUGUCUGAAUCACAUUCAAGUCACCCAAUCAUUUCCGAGACCCAAGUCAGUCAUGUCGGAGUCUGUACGGUCAUGUCUGGAUCGAUCCAGUCAUGUCCAAGUCAGUAGACAGAGUCCCAUUCGAGUCAAUGCAAUCAUGUCCCUGACUUGCCAUGGUCUGACUGGUUAAGGUUCUGAUCGAGUUAGUACGGACAUGUCCGAGUCACUUCAGUCAUGUCCGAGUCACAUUUAAAUCACUACGGUCACGUCGACACACUCAUGUCCGAGUCACUUCAGUCAUGUCAUAGUCAUAGCGAUCAUGUCCGAGUUGCUAUGAUGCCGCCUACGGUCAGUCCGGGUCACGUAUGAACCAUUGCGAUCAUGUCCAAGUUUAAUAUCAUGUCAGAGUCACCGUGGUCAUAACUGACUAACCAACAUUUAAAUCGUAAGUCGUCAGAAGUGGGACUUGUACUGGACUUGAAAAGUUCAGGGCGCCAUUAAUAAAAUACUGGCUAGUUAAAAAAGCACAUAGACUACUGUAAUAUCAGAUGGGCAGAAAUCAUUUGAGCUAUUUCUGUCUGAUUCUCAAUAAGACGACUCAAGUUUACUAUUCAGUUAACUGGAAUGGAGAUAGACAAUUGCUAUCAGAUGUUCAACAUUGUGAUUUCAUUUUUUUUACGAUGAUUUUGUUCCUGCAGUUGUCAGUCUCUCCAUUCCUGUUACAGGUAGUAUUGCCCAUCUGCGUUUCAUCAAGAUGUUGCCUGUGUUUCAGCACUUUUACUCAGAAUUUCUCGAUGUAACAAUACUGUAUAUGGCUUCACUAUAAACUUCGCCGAUCGAUAUGCACUUUGUCAGCUAAGCAGGAUUUAUGGAGCGUUCAGGACAUGCAGGAACUGACAACCUGAAUGACUCCCUGCAUUGUAGAGUAUGUGUUUCUAACAGCACGAGAUACAGGUAGCACAACAGCCCUCUUGUCCUCCACUGGAAGACAGAAUAUAGGUGAGCAUGUAGCUUAUGGCACUGCAGCGAGCAACAAUCUAACAAAACAUACAGCUUCUAAUGCUUUUAUUUGCUGAAAGGUCAAGUUAGAGAGUUUGACGGAGACUCAUUUUGUUGCUUUUUCUUGUCCGAAAUCAACUGAACGCUUUCUUCUUUUCAGAAUGUGACAGUAGCCUCAUGUGUGUUUUGAAUUUGUUAGCGUACUAGUGCAAGUCAAAUUCAGUUGUGGUUAGGGUCAGGGUUAGCAAAAAAACAAGUGACCCUUUGUUUGUAUAAAGAUAAUAAAGUUAGUUUCCUGGCAACAUUUUUAACCAGUUUCUGUCGAACAUUUUGUUGAGUUUUUAUUCAUUCAUCCCAGGUCAGUCAUUCCUGGUAUGCAGCAACAUUUCUAUCCCUAUGAAUUACUUUCUCAUAUUUUUAUUAAAAUAUAUAAUAAAUAUAUAAUUUUAUUUAUUUUUUUACUGACCUUUUUUGUGGUACGGGCUCGAUUUUACCGUGUCCCUAAUGCAAGGUUAUCAACUUCUACAAGGCAAGGCAAAUUUAUUUAUACAUAUACUGUACGUACCCAAAGGCAUCCCAAAGUGCUUUACAGAUGGGUAAAAGCACAACAAAUAAAUUAUAAAAAUUAAUAAAAGUGCACAGAAUAAAACAAUAGGAGAAAUACUGUACAACAAACAAAUAAAGGCACACAGAAUAAAAACAAUAAUACAAACUAACAAAUGUGAUUGAAAAGAAAAUGAAUUAAAAGCAAUGGUAAACAGGUAGGUCUUUUAGCUUGGAUUUGAAAGUAGUCAGCAUUGUGUCAAGUCUCAGCUCUUCAUUUGUGCAGCAUAGAAGCUAACGGCUGCUUGGCCAUGUUUAGUUUGGACUCUGGGAGCAGCCAGAAAUCCAGACGCAGACGACCUGAGAGGUCUGCGAGGUUCGUACUGGCUCAGGAGAUCUGAGUAUCUUGGAAAUAAACCUUUAAGUCAGUACAAGCCUUUUUUUGGCCCCUGUUGGCAGCAGCAUUCUGGAUCAGCUGGAGCUGUCUUAAGCAGACCUGUGAACAGUCCAUUGCAGCAGUCCAGCCCGCCAGAGAUAAAAGCAUGUACAAGUUUCUCUGGAUCGUGUUUCCUGACAGUUAAAAUCAUAUUCUACCAAAAGUUAUGAGGCUGAAAUGUUGCUGCCUAACAGGAAUGACCCAGGUGUUUUAUUACUGUUACUUUAUAAUUGAUGUCUUGUUUUUGUAUGUCUAUUUAUAUGCAUUUUGAUCAAGUACUGUCUCAGUCUUUUGGUUGUCUGUGUAAUAAGUUAAAUGUGUAAAAAUAAAGUUCGGAGAGUGUGAA